CGCCCACAUUGCUAGGCCUGCUUGGUCGAAGUCAACCCUGUUCCCUCGCGUUUUUCCACCCCCCAAGCCUGCUCCUCGCUCGCCCGCCCUACCAGAGUAUAUGAGGCGCCAACGCCUACCCAGUUCUAUCGACGUCACUUUUGCAACGACUGACGUUGUUUCCUCCAUCUACGUAUUGCUUCAUCACAACCCGACAAUAUGGCGAGCGCCGCGGUCGCAACUCAACCAUCACAACAACACCUUGGGGCUGGCCCAACUUCUCGUACCUCAUCGCCUAUGGACAACAAGAAGAAUAAUGUGAAACAGCAAUCUUCCUCGGCAAAGACCUCACCUGUCCAGCCCAAGUCGUCGCUACCAGAAGACUCACAACCGACCUCGCUGGGCGAAGACUCAAAGCCCAUUGCUCAAGCGACAGAACCACUCGCGCCGCCGCCGCGUCCUGCGCCCACCAAUCCUGCGGAAACACCAGAUUAUUUCUCGGCGCUCCACAACAACUCUAUCGCAGAAUUCAAUCCUUUUGAACAAUCAUUCGGAGCGCCUUCAACAGAAACACCGGGAAAGACACUCUUACCACCUGUCGCUUCUCUCACAUCACCUGCACUCCCUGGCACCAGCUCAGCUGGCGGAUACAAUUGGCAAAGCUCAUUACGCUCGGGGCCCUUGAGCCCUGCUAUGCUGGCUGGACCACAACAGGGUGACUACUUUGACAGUAUUGGUCGCGGCUUUCCCACACCCAACGAGUCAUCCCUUCGGACUGGCUUGACUCCUGGCGGUGGCGGAUCUAUGUUUCCGGCGCCCAGUCCUAAUUCACAAGCACUCUUCAACUCAUUGCAAAGUGGUGGUGCCACACCUGGUACCCUUGACUUCCAUCGUACUGCUAUGAAUGCAGCUGCACGAAACAAGAACAACCAAUUUGCCAACACAUCUAACCCCCAAGAAGCUCUUCCCAAAAACAACAUGGAUGCACAACAUGAUGCAACAGAUGCCGCCAAUGGCUUGUUUAUGCUAGCCAAGGGAGGUCAGCCAAACAACCAGUUCGCCGUUCCCAACACCGUGCAAACGUCAGCACCCACACGUAAUGGCCAGGAUCAGAAACAAAUUUCCGAGAAUGGUGAUAGUCCCGAGAGUCAUGAGGACACUAAGCCCGCUCGUGGCGGUCGUGGCAAGAAGGUCAAGGCCGAACCUGCCAACAAUCGACGGAAGUCUGAGGUCAGUGCAAAAGGGAGCAACAAACGAGCCAAGGGCAAUUCUGGUGUUGCCAUUGUCGACCCUGCUCUUGAGCCCCCCGAUGAGGACGACGACAGCGACAUGGACAUGGAUGAAGAGGAACCCAAACAUCCCAGUGGCAGAAAGAUGACGGACGAGGAGAAGCGAAGAAACUUCCUCGAACGCAACCGUAUCGCUGCGUUGAAAUGUCGACAGAGAAAGAAACAGUGGCUGGCUAACCUCCAAGCCAAGGUCGAAAUGUACUCUGCUGAAAACGACAGCCUCAACACCCAGGUUGGUCAACUCCACGACGAGAUCCGCAACCUUCGUACCCUAUUGAUGGGUCACAAGGACUGCCCUGUUGGUCAUGCUCAAGGCAUUGGUCAAUUCUUGAGCGGUAUGCAGGAUCCCAAUGGAUUCGCAAAUCAACACGUGAAUCCAUAUGGUAUGGCUAUGCAAAAUGGCCCACAGAUGCAGCAGGCCAUGCAGAGGUCGUGACCAUCGGUACUUUCGGCAUAGCUUCGGCAUAGCUUGGGCUACAAAGAUGUUGUUGGUGUUCGAUAUGACUAAUUUAGAAUCACGACUUCAACUCCUAUCUCUGUCAAGUAUUGGCAGACUUCAGAAGAAAAGCUGGGGCAUCAUCGGGUCCUUCG